AUGGUCCCCUUCUCGGCCAUCAACGGCGCGUACAACUCGGACCCGAUCGGGACGUACUCGGCGCUCCUCGAGCAGCUCAACCCGCUCGGCCUCGCGUACGUGCACCUUGUUGAGCCACGUAUCGAGGGUGGCUCAGACGCGGAAGUGCUUCCGGACCCGUCGCUCAUCAACCUCAAGCCGUUCCGUGCUGUGUACAAGGGUAUCCUUAUCGUUGCGGGCGGGUACCUCGGGGACACGGCCGAAGCUGUCGUCGUCGAGGGCCAGGCCGAUGCCGUAGCGUUUGGUCGCCACUUUAUCUCGAACCCAGAUCUGCCGUACCGUCUUCAGCACAAGAAACCGCUGACGCCGUACAACCGCGCCACGUUUUACACCAAGGACCACGUCGGCUACACCGACUACAAGACGUGGCUCGAGGAAGAAGCCGAGAAUGCGACGACGACGGCGUAG